UACAAUAAUUGCAGGUCAUUUGCGGAAUGCGGCAAAGUACUGGAUCUUUUGUUGCGACGAUAUGAAGCGCUUGCGGCGGAAGAUGUGCUCUCUACAGGAUCGGAUACUUCGCAGCAACACAGAAAGACCCUCGUGGCGUGUCUGCACGUGUGGUUGGACACGUACCCGGAGGACUUCCGCCAGCCGCCGCACCACCCCGCGCUGCAGCAGCUCCUCACCUUCACACAGAUACAUCUGCCUGGCUCCGAACUGCAUUCGAAGGUGUUGCAGAAGCUAGCCAUAUUCAGCGCGGAGCGCAACGGCGGCGCGCAGCACGGCGUGUGCCUGGCGCCGGGCAUGCGGCUGGCGGCGCACCACACGAGCGCGUACCGCCUGCCGCACGUGCCGCACCGCCACUUCGCCGAGCAGCUCACGCGCAUGGACAUGCAGCUGUUCCGCAAGCUCGUGCCGCACCAGUGCCUCGGCGCCGUGUGGUCGCGCCGCGACAAGGACCGCUCGCACGACGCCGCCACCGUGCUCGCCACCGUCAACCAGUUCAACGCGGUCUCCUUCCGCGUCAUCUCCACCGUGCUGCUGGAGCCGAGCCUGCGCCCGCUCGAGCGCGCCGACAUCCUCGCCGCGUGGCUCGAUAUCGCGCGCGAGCUACGCGUGCUCAAGAACUUCUCCUCGCUGAAGGCGAUCAUCUCGGGCCUGCAGAGCAACCCCGUGUACCGGCUCAGGAAGACCUGGGCGCUGUUGAACAAGGAGAAGGCCGAACUAUUCGAAGAAUUGGCGAGGAUAUUCAGCGAAGACAACAAUCGUUGGGCGCAACGCGAGCUUCUCAUGAGAGAAGGCACCGCCAAAUUUGCCGAUACGGUCGGGGAGAACGACCGCCAAUUGCAAAAGCUCCUACACGAACGAGGCUCGCCUGGCGUCAGUCACGGAACGAUACCUUAUUUGGGCACAUUUUUAACGGACCUCACUAUGAUCGACACGGCUAUACCCGACACGGUCGCCGAUGGCCUCAUUAAUUUUGAUAAGAGACGCAAAGAAUUCGAGGUGCUCGCUCAGAUUAAGUUAUUGCAAGGUGCGGCGAACGCUUAUCAUUUACCCUCCGAUCCGAUGUUCGACCGAUGGUUCGACUCCGUAAUAAUUUUAGACGACGCGGAAGCGCACCAGCUUUCGUGUCAAAUAGAACCACAAACAAAUCCGCCUAAGGAGAGACGUCCCAAGAAAGUGAACGAAAACAAUAACCACGGUCAUAGGAAAAACGAUUCGAUCGCUAGUACGAGUUCCAGUAACAGCUCGCAAUUUUACUGCGAGACGGAUGGUGUUGGGAACACUUGGAAGCGAGAUAGUUUAGAGCGGAGAUCUUCCCCUACGAGGUUAUCUCACGGCUCUUCCUCAUCGUCUAUACCUUCUUUAGACGUGUCGUUGUCUAGCGCCAACAGCGGCCAAAAGCAGAACGGCAAACCCGUCGCAAACAGCCCGGCUCAUGCAAAUACUCAUAACGGUCCUGAUUUUUAUAUAAUUCGCGUAACAUACGAGUCGGACUGUGUGGAAACAGAAGGCGUGGUGUUGUAUAAGUCGAUCAUGUUGAGUAACAAUGAACGAACACCGCAAGUGAUACGCAAUGCUAUGCUCAAAUUGAAUCUCGACGGGGAUCCAGAUGGGUAUACUUUGGCGCAAGUUUUACCGGAGAGAGAAAUGGUGCUGCCAGCGAACGCUAAUGUUUAUUACGCCGUAAAUACUGCAUACAACCUGAAUUUCAUACUUAGGCCACGAAAAUCGGACCAAACUGACUCUGUAGUCAACGGAAAGUCUAAAAACAAACGAGCUUGACUGUGUCUUGGUAUAUUUUGCUUCUCGUAAUUAUUGUUACUCAGUACUUCCGAAGCAACAUACAAUGUGUUCUAUGUAAGAAUCUCUAUUAAAUGUUAAUGAUAUUGUAAUGAGUAAACAUACCAAUGUCUCUUAAAAAUAACAUUGUUCCAACAACUCUGCUUUACAAUACUUAUCAUGACUGAAUCUAUGUAAAUCUUUUAUACUUGGAAAAUUCGCAUUAAGAUCAUGAGCUGUCAUGUCAAUGUAAAUUUUCGUUGUUUUUAAUGUACGAUAAUUUUUAUUUUUAAACCAAAUUUGUUCUCUAAUAUUCUUACUUUGAUGCAUUUGAGAGUUAGCGAUAUAAAUUAAGAAAGCUUAUAAGAAAUAUUUUAUCUCUUGCAUGUAAUACUGAAUUCAUAAUUUAUUAAGUUUUCCUGACUUGGCAUUUAUAUACCUUAUAGUUAUAUUUAACUUACUAAAAGCAUUACAAGACUUGCACAAAUGGCUUGCUACAUAUGAACAUUAUCUUUUUUUAAUACAGUGAAUUUCUUAAUUUAUUUUUCUUACAUUUUAUUUUUAGGGUUUACAAUGUUUAUUAUUUAUAUAAUUUUAUGUGAUACGCAUAGAUUACUACAAUUUUAUAGUGCUCUUUACUAUUAUCCUUUGUACUUAAUUAGGUUUUAUGUAAAUUUGCUGUUAAUAAUAGGUUUAAAAAAUUUGUUCAGGAUGCCACCAAUAUUUAGCGAUAGUGUCUGUUUAUAUAGUAUGUUAUCGUUGUUGUCAAAACUCAAUAUGUGUAUAUAAAGAGCGUGUAUAAAUAAGAAUCUCCAGUAGGUAUCUAAGUAAGAUAAAUAGAGAGUAAACAUUCUAAUAAUGAGCCAAAGGCAUAAUAUGUCUAGUAGCGAGGUGCUGUCUCUCUUUGUAUAAUAUUGUUUAAAAGCUUUAAAAUAAUUGAAAACCGAAUUUCAUGUAGAAAAUUAACCGUAACCUCUAUUUUAAAAUACUCUAAUAAUUAAUCAAUUUCGGUCCGUUAUUAUAAUUAAUCAUUGUAUUCGUUUCAAAUGUAAUAAUAAAAAAUAUACUUGGAAGUGCAUUUGUAAUUCGACGUGCCUACUUAUCUUAUAUAAUUUAAUAUCUCGUGUUAAUGACACUGGUUUACAAGAUAUACUCUAAACAAAAGACUAUAAGAUAUUUAAGGACUUAUACAUGAUAGCUUUUUUAAACUGAACUGUUUUCUCAUAGUUUUUGUAAAUAACUUUGUAGUUGUUUUUAAUAGUUUUUCAACACCAGUGUCUUGCAUAACGUGUUGUAUAAUACUACCAUAUGUAAUAAACGUUAUUAAUUAUUAUUAAA